CCUGCAUCCGGUGACCGGAGGGCUGGGAGUCCAGGGGCAGGCCCUAGGCGCCCGUUUGCGCCAAGGGGUCCUCGGCCUGCGGGCUGGGCUUUCCGGGGUGCACCUCCCCGCUCCACUCCUCGUUGACUUCCUUCCUGAGCUGGACGCGGUGUCCCAUGUGGGCCUCAGCUUCUCUACGGCUCCUUGCUUCUCGGACAGAAUUUUCUGAGGCCCAGGGGCUUAGCUUUUUGGUUUCACCUAACCCUAAGGAGGCCGAGGAAGCGUUGCCUUUUUGCGGAGACUCUACCCGAGAUGCGUUUCCUGUGCAUUUGGGUCUCCUCUUAAGGCAGUUUUGUGGUUACCUUUGGCAGGAAAUAAUGUUGAUAUUUGGAACCCAUGUCGAACUUCUAUGAAGAAAGGGCAACAAUGAUUGCAGCCGGGGAUUUGCAGGAAUUUGUUCCUUUUGGUCGAGACCACUGCAAGCACCACCCUAAUGCUUUGAACCUUCAGCUUCGCCAGCUGCAGCCAGCCUCUGAGUUAUGGUCUUCUGAUGGUGCUGCUGGCUUGGUGGGAUCCCUUCAGGAGGUUACAAUCCACGAGAAACAGAAGGAAAGCUGGCAGUUAAGGAAAGGUGUCAGCGAAAUUGGAGAAGAAGUGGAUUAUGAUGAGGAACUCUACGUGGCUGGAAAUAUGGUGAUCUGGAGCAAAGGAAGUAAAAGCCAGGCAUUAGCUGUUUAUAAAGCAUUUACAGUUGACAGUCCUGUUCAGCAGGCAUUGUGGUGUGACUUCAUCAUAUCACAGGAUAAAUCUGAGAAGGCCUACGGUAGUGAUGAAGUAGAAAAAUGCAUAUGUAUAUUGCAAAGCUCAUGUAUUAACAUGCAUAGCAUAGAAGGAAAGGAUUAUAUAGCUUCUUUACCUUUCCAGGUUGCAAAUGUUUGGCCCACCAAAUAUGGGUUGUUGUUUGAACGAAGCAGUUCUACACAUGAGUUACCUCCAGGUCCACCCAGAGAACCUUUACCCACUAUGUUCAGCAUGCUGCAUCCACUAGAUGAAAUAACUCCACUUGUUUGUAAAUCUGGAAGUCUUUUUGGCUCAUCAAGAGUGCAAUAUGUUGUAGAUCAUGCCAUGAAAAUUGUUUUUCUCAACACUGACCCUUCCAUUAUAAUGACCUAUGACACUGUUCAAAGUUUGCAUUCUGUGUGGGCUCUCCGGAGAGUCAAAACAGAGGAAGAGAAUGUUGUCUUAAAGUUCUCUGAACAGGGGGGAACCCCACAGAAUGUGGCCACUAGUAGCUCCCUCACAGCACACCUCAGAAGCCUCUCCAAAGGAGAUUCCCCCGUGGCUUCACCUUUCCAGAAUUACUCCUCCAUUCACAGUCAGAGUCGCUCGACCUCCUCACCCAGUCUCCACUCUCGUUCACCUUCUAUUUCCAACAUGGCAGCUCUAAGUCGUGCUCAUUCUCCUGCCUUAGGAGUGCACUCUUUUUCAGGGGUGCAGAGGUUCAACCUUUCAAGCCAUAAUCAGUCUCCAAAGAGACAUAGUAUUUCUCAUUCUCCGAAUAGUAAUUCUAAUGGCUCCUUCCUUGCACCAGAAACAGAGCCAAUUGUUCCUGAACUUUGUAUUGACCAUUUAUGGACAGAAACGAUUACUAAUAUAAGAGAGAAAAAUUCACAGGCCUCAAAAGUGUUUAUUACGUCUGACCUAUGUGGGCAGAAGUUCUUGUGCUUUUUAGUGGAGUCCGAGCUCCAGUUACGCUGUGUAAAGUUUCAAGAGAGUAAUGAUAAAACUCAGCUCAUCUUUGGCUCCAUCACCAACAUACACGCGAAGGAUGCAGCUCCAGUGGAGAAGAUAGAUACCAUGCUGGUCCUUGAAGGCAGCGGAAACCUGGUGCUGUACACAGGAGUGGUUCGGGUGGGAAAGGUUUUCAUUCCGGGGCUGCCAGCUCCUUCCCUGACAAUGUCUAACACAAUGCCUCGGCCUAGCACUCCACUUGACAGUGUCAGUACUCCUAAGCCUCUCAGUAAACUACUUGGAUCCUUGGAUGAGGUUGUUCUAUUCUCCCCAGUUGCAGAACUGAGGGAUUCUUCUAAACUUCAUGACUCUCUCUAUAAUGAGGAUUGUACUUUCCAGCAGCUUGGAACUUACAUUCAUUCUAUAAGAGACCCUGUCCGUAACAGAGUAACUCUGGAAUUGAGUAACGGCUCCAUGGUUAGGAUUACUAUUCCUGAAAUUGCCACCUCUGAAUUAGUGCAAACAUGUUUGCAAGCAAUUAAGUUCAUCCUGCCAAAAGAAAUAGCUGUUCAGAUGCUUGUCAAGUGGUACAGUGUCCACAGUGCUCCGGGAGGACCCAGUUAUCACUCCGAGUGGAAUUUAUUUGUGACUUGUCUCAUGAACAUGAUGGGUUAUAACACAGACCGCUUAGCAUGGACCCGAAACUUUGACUUUGAAGGAUCACUUUCCCCAGUCAUUGCACCCAAAAAAGCAAGGCCUUCUGAGACAGGAUCUGAUGAUGACUGGGAGUAUUUACUGAAUUCAGACUACCACCAGAAUGUUGAGUCUCAUCUUUUGAAUAGAUCUUUAUGUUUGAAUCCUUUGGAAGUUUCACAGAUGAAGGAUGAAGAUUUUUCACAGAAUCUCAUUCUGGAUUCCUCUACACUUCUGUUUACUCAUAUACCUGCGAUUUUUUUUGUUCUUCACCUUGUUUACGAGGAGCUGAAGUUGAAUACUCUAAUGGGAGAAGGAAUCCGUUCACUUGUUGGCCUUCUUGUUCAGUUGGCAAGGGAUUUAAAAUUGGAGCCUUAUGUAGAUCAUUACUAUAGAGAUUACCCAACACUUGUCAGAACUACUGGACAAGUGUGCACAAUUGAUCAAGGUCAAACAGGAUUUAUGCAUCAUCCAUCAUUUUUUACUUCUGAGCCACCAAGCAUCUAUCAGUGGGUGAGUUCUUGUCUGAAGGGUGAAGGAAUGCCGCCCUAUCCUUACCUCCCCGGAAUCUGUGAAAGAAGUAGACUUGUAGUCUUGAGUAUUGCACUCUACAUACUUGGUAAUGAGAGCUCUGUUUCUGAUGAAUCUUCACAGUAUUUAUCCAGGAUAACUAUAGCCCCCCAGAAGUCACAAGCAGAACAAGAAGAAAACAGGUUUAGUUUCAGGCAUUCUACAUCAGUUUCUAGUCUAGCUGAACGAUUAGUCCUCUGGAUGACUGAUGUAGGUUUCACUUUAAGAGACUUGGAAACUCUUCCCUUUGGAAUUGCUCUUCCCAUCAGAGAUGCAAUUUACCACUGUCGUGAACAGCCUGCUUCAGACUGGCCAGAAGCUGUCUGUCUCCUGAUCGGACGGCAGGAUCUGUCCAAACAGGCCUGCGAGGGAAACUUGCCCAAAGGGAAAUCUGUGCUCUCAUCAGAUGUUCCUUCAGGAACAGAAACUGAGGAGGAAGAUGAUGGCAUGAAUGACAUGAAUCAGGAAGUUAUGUCAUUAAUAUGGAGUGAAGAUUUAAGGGUGCAGGACGUGCGAAGACUUCUUCAAAGUGCGCAUCCUGUCCGUGUCAAUGUAGUACAGUAUCCAGAACUCAGUGACCAUGAGUUUAUUGAGGAAAAAGAAAACAGAUUGCUCCAGUUGUGUCAGCGAACUAUGGCCCUUCCCAUAGGACGAGGAAUGUUUACCUUGUUUUCAUACCAUCCUGUUCCAACGGAACCACUGCCUAUUCCUAAAUUGAAUUUGACUGGACGGGCCCCUCCUCGGAACACAACAGUAGACCUUAACAGUGGAAACAUCGAUGUGCCUCCCAACAUGACAAGCUGGGCCAGCUUCCACAAUGGUGUGGCUGCUGGCCUGAAGAUAGCCCCUGCCUCCCAGAUCGACUCAGCUUGGAUUGUUUAUAAUAAGCCUAAGCAUGCUGAGUUAGCCAAUGAAUAUGCUGGCUUUCUCAUGGCCCUGGGUCUGAAUGGGCACCUUACCAAGCUGGCUACUCUCAAUAUCCAUGACUACUUGACCAAGGGUCAUGAAAUGACAAGCAUUGGACUGCUCCUUGGUGUUUCUGCUGCUAAACUGGGCACCAUGGAUAUGUCAAUUACUCGGCUUCUUAGCAUUCACAUUCCUGCCCUCUUACCCCCAACGUCCACAGAGCUUGAUGUUCCUCAUAAUGUCCAGGUGGCUGCAGUGGUUGGCAUUGGCCUUGUAUAUCAGGGGACAGCUCACAGGCACACUGCGGAAGUCCUGUUGGCUGAGAUAGGACGGCCCCCAGGUCCCGAAAUGGAAUACUGCACUGACAGAGAGUCCUACUCCUUAGCUGCUGGCUUGGCCCUGGGCAUGGUUUGCUUGGGGCAUGGCAGUAAUUUGAUAGGUAUGUCUGAUCUCAAUGUGCCUGAGCAGCUGUAUCAGUACAUGGUUGGAGGUCAUAGGCGCUUUCAAGCAGGAAUGCACAGGGAGAAGCAUAAAUCCCCAAGUUAUCAAAUCAAAGAAGGAGAUACCAUAAAUGUUGAUGUAACUUGUCCAGGUGCCACUCUAGCUUUGGCCAUGAUCUACUUAAAAACCAAUAACAGAUCUAUUGCAGAUUGGCUUCGAGCUCCUGACACCAUGUAUUUGCUGGACUUUGUGAAACCAGAAUUUCUCUUGCUUAGGACACUUGCUCGAUGCCUGAUUCUGUGGGAUGAUAUUUUACCAAAUUCCAAGUGGGUUGAUAGCAAUGUUCCUCAAAUUAUAAGAGAAAAUAGCAUCUCUCUCAGUGAAAUUGAAUUGCCUUGCUCAGAGGAUUUGAAUUUGGAAACUUUAUCGCAGGCACAUGUCUACAUAAUUGCAGGAGCCUGCUUGUCUCUGGGUUUUCGAUUUGCGGGCUCAGAAAACUUAUCAGCGUUUAACUGUUUGCAUAAAUUUGCAAAAGAUUUUAUGACAUAUUUGUCUGCACCUAAUGCUUCUGUAUAUGCUGUCUUUUUGCAUUUCCAGACAGGGCCGUACAACCUGGAGACCUGCCUGAGUGUGGUGCUUCUGUCUCUCGCCAUGGUGAUGGCUGGCUCGGGGAACCUAAAGGUUUUGCAGCUCUGUCGCUUCUUGCACAUGAAAACAGGUGGUGAAAUGAACUAUGGCUUCCACUUAGCCCAUCACAUGGCCCUUGGACUUCUCUUUCUGGGAGGAGGAAGGUACUCUUUGAGUACAUCAAACUCUUCCAUUGCUGCUCUCCUCUGUGCCCUUUACCCACACUUCCCAGCUCACAGCACUGACAACCGGUAUCAUCUCCAGGCUCUGCGGCACCUAUAUGUGCUGGCUGCAGAACCGAGGCUCCUGGUGCCUGUGGACGUGGAUACAAACAUGCCCUGCUAUGCCCUUUUAGAAGUUACCUAUAAGGGUACUCAAUGGUAUGAACAAACCAAAGAAGAAUUGAUGGCCCCUACCCUUCUUCCAGAACUCCACCUUUUAAAGCAGAUUAAAGUAAAAGGGCCACGAUACUGGGAACUGCUCAUAGAUUUAAGCAAGGGAACACAACACUUGAAAUCAAUCCUUUCUAAGGAUGGGGUUCUAUAUGUGAAGCUCAGAGCGGGUCAGCUCUCCUACAAGGAAGAUCCGAUGGGGUGGCAAAGUUUGUUGGCCCAGACUGUUGCUAACAGGAACUCUGAAGCUCGGGCUUUCAAGCCAGAAACAAUUUCAGCAUUCACUUCUGAUCCAGCACUUCUGUCAUUUGCUGAAUAUUUCUGCAAACCGACCGUGAACAUGGGUCAGAAACAGGAAAUUCUGGAUCUGUUUUCUUCAGUACUCUAUGAAUGUGUCACUCAGGAGACCCCAGAGAUGUUGCCUGCAUACAUAGCAAUGGAUCAGGCUAUGAGAAGACUAGGAAGAAGAGAAAUGUCUGAGACAUCUGAACUUUGGCAGAUAAAGUUGGUGUUAGAGUUUUUCAGCUCCAGGAGCCAUCAGGAACGGCUGCAGAACCAUCCUAAGCGGGGACUCUUUAUGAACUCUGAGUUCCUCCCUGUUGUCAAAUGCACUAUUGAUAAUACUCUGGACCAGUGGCUACAAGCUGGGGGUGAUGUGUGUGUGCACGCCUACCUCAGUGGGCAGCCCUUUGAGGAAUCUCAGCUGAGCAUGCUGGCCUGUUUCCUCGUCUACCACUCGGUACCAGCGCCAUGGCACCUGCCGUCUGUAGGACUAGAAGGGAGCACAAGCUUUGCUGAACUCCUCUUCAAGUUUCAACAUCUGAAAAUGCCAGUGCGAGCUUUGCUAAGAUUGGCUCCUUUGCUUCUUGGAAAUCCACAGCCAAUGGUUAUGUGAUUGUGUCUGGUGGUAAACCUACCCUGAAACGUGACUUCUGCACAGAAACACGACCAAACAACGUAGUUGAUGAAAUGUUUAUAAGUUUUAUAAUAUAACUAGGGGGAAUUGAGCUGCACAAACCUCAGUGUAUUUUGAAAUCCAAGUGUUUUCAGUGUUCCAGAGUCUCUGUUGCUGUUGGCAUUAACAUUAUAUGAUAUAUAAAAGUGAGUUAAAGUUUA